CACUCAAAAAUCAGCUCUUGAUCCCCGAAUUCCCACACACUCCAGACUGAGCUCUGCAGUAGCCAUGGCAACCACCCUGCUGGGAUUGCUGGGAGUUUUGCUCUGUGCCCUUGCCGUUAGUUCUGAAGUCACGCCACAAGCUGACUUCGAUGUCAAGGGGGUGGCUGGGAAAUGGUACCUGAUUGGUUUUGCCACAAAUGCCGAGUGGUUUGUCACCCGCAAAGCGAACAUGAAGAUGGGCAUCGCCAUGAUGACACCCAGUGAUGAAGGAGAUCUGGAGAUGGCAUAUUCCAGUCUCAAUCCUGAUGGCUCGUGCUGGAAGAUGAACCAUCUGGCUCAAAAGACGGAUAUUCCAGGGAAAUUCAGCUUCCGCAGUCAAGACUGGGAGACUGACAAUGACAUGCGUGUUGUUGAUGUGAAGUAUGAUGAAUAUGCUUUGAUCCACACCAUCAAGACCAAAGCAGACUCCACCACGCUUCUCAACAAACUCUACGGCCGAACCCCAGACCUGAGCCAGGACGUCCUGGACAAGUUCACUGAGGUUUCUCUGGAGCAAGGCAUUCUGUCUGAGAACAUCGCCAUCCUGCCUAAAAAUGACGAGUGCCCUUGAUGUGAAUCCUGACUGAUUUAUUAUGACUGUAGUGAAUCAUUUGUGUUUCACUCUCUCACUAUCAGUGCUUUUACCUUCUUAGAAGUUCUCUUCAUCGUUUCUUCUUAUUUCUUCACAAGACUGGACCAAUAAAAUCGUUUGUGAAUCU